CAAACUUUUGAUGACUUGGUUAAAGGGUAUAUCGAAAGUUUGGCACCAAAUAAAAAAGAAAAGGCAUUAAUCGAUCAAGAAAAACUACAAAGAAUUAAAGAAGUUCUUCUUAAUCCUAUGGAUACUACUCAAUAUAUAGCUGCUUUUCGUUAUUGGGUUAAAAAAAAUUUUAAAUUACAAAAAAUUGCUGAUUCCUAUAUUGUACUUCACAUUCGAAUACAAAAUAAAAAAAAUAAUGAGAAGGUUAAAAUUGAGCUUCCUGUAUUAGCCGUAGAAAACAUGUAUAAUAAAUUUUGCAAGAUACAUGAAACAAUUACUCAGCAUAGUGGCCAAAAGGAAACGUGGAACCAAAUUAGUAGCAAAUGGGGGUAUUGCCGGCAAGAUCUUGUUGAAAAAUUUGUAACCCAAUAUACUAUUUGUGCAACAAGACAUACUCGGAUUCAACCGUUAGCUGGGAUAUCAAUUAUUGAACGAAAAUUUAUGUUACGUUUACAA